AUGGCGGAUAAGAGUUCAUCAUUGGAAGGGAUUAAGAAUGAGAGCGUUGAUCUUGAACGGAUACCAGUGGAGGAAGUGUUUGAGCAGUUGAAAUGUACGAGAGCAGGGUUAACAACUGAAGAAGGGGAGCAGAGGAUUCAGAUCUUUGGCCCAAACAAGCUUGAGGAGAAGAAGGAAAGUAAGCUAUUGAAGUUUUUGGGUUUCAUGUGGAAUCCAUUAUCAUGGGUUAUGGAGAUUGCUGCAAUCAUGGCUAUUGCUUUAGCCAAUGGAGGGGGGAAGCCACCGGAUUGGCAAGAUUUUGUUGGUAUUGUGGUGUUGCUUGUUAUCAAUUCAACCAUAAGUUUUAUUGAAGAAAACAAUGCUGGUAAUGCUGCAGCAGCAUUAAUGGCCACACUUGCUCCUCAAGCAAAGGUCUUGAGAGAUGGAAAGUGGGGUGAGCAGGAGGCAUGUAUCCUGGUGCCUGGUGAUGUCAUCAGUGUCAAGCUAGGUGAUAUUAUGCCAGCUGAUGCUCGUCUCUUAGAAGGAGAUCCUCUUAAGAUUGAUCAAUCUGCCCUCACCGGUGAAUCCUUGCCAGUAACAAAGAAUCCGGGUGAUGAAGUAUAUUCAGGUUCCACCUGUAAACAAGGGGAGAUUGAGGCUGUUGUCAUUGCCACUGGAGUGCAUACCUUCUUUGGAAAAGCAGCUCAUCUUGUUGACAGUACCAAUCAAGUAGGACAUUUCCAAAAGGUGUUGACAGCAAUUGGAAACUUCUGCAUAUGCACCAUUGCUAUUGGGAUCUUGGUAGAGAUCGUGGUGAUGUACCCGAUACAGCAUCGCAAGUACAGGGACGGAAUUGACAACCUGUUGGUUCUUCUCAUCGGAGGAAUUCCAAUUGCAAUGCCAACUGUUUUGUCCGUGACAAUGGCAAUAGGAUCCCAUCGCUUAGCUCAACAAGGCGCUAUUACAAAGAGGAUGACUGCCAUUGAGGAGAUGGCUGGAAUGGAUGUCCUCUGCAGUGACAAGACCGGGACUCUGACCUUGAACAAGCUUACAGUCGACAAGAGUCUUGUCGAGGUGUUUGUUAAAGAUAUGGACAAGGAUAUGGUUGUUCUUCUUGCCGCAAGAGCUUCUAGGGUAGAAAAUCAAGAUGCUAUCGAUGCAUGUAUUGUUGGAGUGCUGGCAGAUCCUAAAGAGGCUAGAGCUGGAAUCACCGAGGUACACUUCUUUCCCUUUAAUCCAGUUCAAAAACGAACAACCAUAACAUAUAUCGAUGCUGCUGGGUUCUGGCAUAGAGUAAGCAAAGGAGCACCUGAACAGAUUAUUGAGCUCUGCAAUCUCAAGGAUGAUGUGAGGAAGAAAGCUUUUGAUAUCAUUGAUAAGUUUGCUGAACGUGGUCUACGAGCUCUUGGAGUUUGUCAACAAACUGUACCAGAGAAGAAUAAAGAGAGUGCAGGAAAUCCAUGGGUGUUUGUGGGUAUAAUGCCUCUGUUUGAUCCACCAAGGCAUGAUAGUGCAGAGACCAUCAGACGUGCCUUGAACCUUGGAGUGAAUGUGAAAAUGAUUACUGGUGAUCAGCUAGCCAUUGGCAAGGAAACUGGUCGCAGGCUUGGCAUGGGGACUAACAUGUACCCUUCUUCUUCCCUCCUUGGCCAGCACAAGGAUGAAAGUAUUGCCAAUCUCCCUAUUGAAGAGCUAAUUGAGAAAGCUGAUGGCUUUGCUGGUGUCUUCCCUGAGCACAAAUAUGAGAUCGUGAAGAAACUUCAAGAAAGGAAACAUAUAUGUGGAAUGACUGGAGAUGGUGUAAACGAUGCUCCUGCCUUGAAGAAAGCAGAUAUCGGUAUUGCAGUUGCUGAUGCAACAGAUGCAGCAAGAAGUGCUUCUGAUAUUGUCCUGACCGAGCCAGGACUGAGCGUCAUUAUAAGCGCUGUCUUGACCAGCAGAGCUAUUUUCCAGAGAAUGAAGAACUACACAAUUUACGCCGUCUCGUUAACCAUUAGAAUAGUAUUGGGUUUCAUGCUCAUCGCUCUGAUAUGGAAAUUCGACUUUUCGCCUUUCAUGGUUCUAGUUAUCGCCAUCCUCAACGAUGGAACCAUCAUGACCAUUUCAAAAGACAAGGUGAAACCAUCUCCCAUGCCUGAUUCGUGGAAGCUCAAGGAAAUUUUCGCCACUGGCAUUGUUCUCGGCACUUAUCUAGCCGUGAUGACUGUCAUUUUCUUCUGGGCUACUGUUCAAUCAGAUUUCUUCUCCGAAAAAUUUGGUGUUAGAUCAAUUAGGAAUAACAAGGACGAGCUUACAUCAGCUCUAUAUCUUCAAGUCAGCAUUGUUAGCCAGGCUCUUAUCUUCGUCACUCGAUCUAGAAGCUGGUCCUUUGUUGAACGUCCCGGUUUUCUACUUGUCAUUGCAUUUAUAUUAGCACAGCUGGUGGCUACUUUCAUUGCGGUGUACGCUAACUGGGAAUUCGCCCACAUUCAUGGCAUUGGUUGGGGAUGGGCUGGAGUAAUAUGGCUUUAUAGUGUAGUAUUUUACUUUCCUCUGGAUGUGUUUAAGUUUCUUAUUCGAUAUGCAUUGAGUGGCAAAGCAUGGGAUAAUCUACUCCAGAGAAAGACUGCAUUCACAACAAAGAAAGAUUAUGGUCGGGGAGAAAGGGAAGCACAAUGGGUUCAGGCUCAACGAACAUUGCACGGGCUUCAGCCUCCUCCACAGGCGAAUAAUGAGCUCUUCAAUGAUAACAAUGGUUACCGUGAGUUGUCUGAAAUCGCUGAACAGGCUAAACGACGUGCUGAGGUUGCAAGGCUUCGUGAACUCCACACAUUGAAAGGGCAUGUGGAGUCUGUAGUGAAGCUAAAGGGUCUUGACAUUGAUACUAUUAAUCAACACUACACGGUGUAAUCGAAGAAGCUGAGUUUGAAGCAUAUAUAACUUCCAGAAGUUGGCAGAGAAGAAGAGAAGAUAAAUAGAAAGAGGAAUGAACUUCUUUUUGUUUCUUGGUUUUGUUAUGGUUGUUAAUAAAAUGACCGACAGAUUGAUUUGAUGAUGAUCAUAGGACUGAGAGAAUA